UGAACAAAUACGAUUCCGACAGUCAUGAGAUUCCUGCUAUGGCUGUGCCAAAACGAACUUAUCAGCGAGGGGGGAUAAUAACUUUUUGGCGCAAUCUGAUCCUGAUCUUCUGCUGUUUAUUUGGGGUGUGGCGUUAUCAGCGACUUUGGCGGGGCACGGAUCUCAACAAUAUCAGCGAUGAUUUAAUCGAAACAAUUAAUGAAGUAAUUCAGGAAAUACAAAAUAUAAAUGAACAGUUGGCAUUAGUGCAAAACAGUAUUGAAAAAAUUAAUGCUGACCAUCAACAGCUCAAUGAAAGAUUCUAUACCGAGAAGCAGUUUUCGGAAAAACUUGUUGAAGAACAAAUUAAAUUUGCUUUGAAUAAAUACGAUGCAGACAAAACCGGUUUAAUAGAUUACGCUCUGGAAUCAGGUGGCGGACGUAUCAUAGCUUUGCCGGGCACCACCAACUAUGUGAAAACCUGGACAGUGCCGUUAUUGGGUGAACUGGGUUUCGGGGCUUACAAUCCGCCUGAAAUUAUUUUACGCCCGGGAAAUCAACCUGGCGAGUGUUUCGCUUUUGCAGGUAGCGAGGGUCGCUUCCGUAUACGGUUAUCAGCCUCCAUCCAGAUAACCGCAGUUACCUUGGAACAUGUUCCAUCCGACAUAGUGUCCGACAUUAGUAGUGCACCUCGUGAUUUUAUUAUUUAUGGACUCAACAACAAACAUGCAAACACGGGCGUUUUCUUGGGCAAUUUCCAGUAUGACCUUCGCAGUUCAAUUCAGACGUUUUACAUUUCGACAGUCUCAAAGAAGUACAAAGAUGAAGCAUUCUAUCAAAUAAUUGAAUUACAUGUUAAAUCUAAUCAAGGACACCCUGUUUAUACGUGUUUAUAUCGCAUACGUGUACAUGGAACUGAAUAAAAUAUUUUUUAUUGACA